AUGAAGUCUGCACUGUAUUUGAGUUUGCUGCUUCUUGGACUUCAAGUCCAGGGUCAGCACAAGCCCAACCUCAAUGAUGAACAGCAGGAACAAAAAAUACCUCAUUUGCCAGAAGGCCAUUUCCAUGUUGAAGACGAAAACCUCGCUUAUAUCAAGAUAGUCCACAGCAAUAUUGACUUUGCGUUUAAGUUUUACAAACAGAUCAGAGAGGAGGCAGGCAACAAGAACAUUUUUUUCUCUCCUUUGAGCAUCUCCGCUGCCUUUGCAAUGCUCUCCCUGGGCGCCAGAUCAAACACGCUCCUCCAGCUGCAGAAAGGUCUCGCCUUCAACAUGACAGAGAUAGAGGAGCAGGAGAUCCAUAAGGGAUUUCAGCAGGUCCUCCAGCUGCUGAACGAACCUCACCAAGAUGUCCAGUUGAGUAUUGGCAAUGCCCUGUUCAUAGACGAUCGACUGAAUCUGCUCCAAAAAUUUUUGGAUGAUGUCACAUAUUUUUAUUAUUCCGAAGCUACUUCUAGUAACUUUCAGAAUUCUGCAGAGGCUACAAAGGAAAUCAAUAACUACAUAGACACAAAAACCAGUGGGAAAAUUGUUGAUUUAGUCAAGAGUCUUGAUGCAGACACUGUGAUGGUUCUAGUUAACUACGUUUUAUUUAAAGGCUACUGGGAAAGACCUUUCAACAAUUUGUCCACCAGAGAUGAUGACUUUUUGUUGGAUGCCAACAAUUCUGUUAAGGUCAAAAUGAUGCAUCAAAACAAAGUUUUUAAUGUCCAUCGGGAUGGGGAGUUGUCUUGCUGGGUAGUAGAAAUCCCAUACAAAGGAAAUGCUACUGCCUUGUUUGUUCUGCCUGAUGAAGAGUCAAUGAAGCAGGUGGAGGAUGCUCUGCUAAGAAAAACAGUGACUAAAUGGAUACACUCACUUAAAAAAAGAAAAAUCUUCCUGGACCUUCCAAAAUUCUCCAUCUCUGGCACCUAUGAUGUUAAGAGCCUGUUUGAGAAAAUGGGUGUGACAGAGGUGUUCAGUGACCACGCUGAUCUCUCUGGAGUGGCAGAAGACACUCCUCUGAAGGUUUCCAAAACAAUUCACAAGGCCUUGGUGGAUGUUAGUGAGAACGGUACAGAGGCUGCUGCAGUGACCAUGAUAGAAAUGGUACCACUGUCUGCAAUGUUUCCUCCUCCUACCCACAUCAGAUUCAACAGACCCUUCCUGAUGAUGAUCAUUGACAGAAACACCCAAAGCAUGCUUUUCAUGGGGAAAAUUAUGAACCCAGCUGCCAAGGAAGAUUAA